UGUCAUUGAUUCUCUGAUUCAGCUUCACUUUCCACUCCCCACAUAUAAACAAUCAAGUACUCACUAACUUGUAUAUAUAAAUAAACCAUACCACAACACAACCCAAUUUAUGUACCACUUUAUAUUUUAUAGUUCCAUACUACAUUAUUCACUUAUUCCUUAGCUCACAUUCUCUCUGAGAAUGUUAAACUUGCAUUCCAUUUUCUAUGCUUUGGUUGUUCUUCUCCUUCUUCUGCAGAAUCCCAAUACAGCAUGGUGCCAUACCAAGGGAAUUCAAACAAGGCAUUUUUCAGGGAAAGGAUUAUUAUCCACCAACAUGACCCGGGUCCAAGAUUCAGAACAACAGUUCAUGAAAUGGGUGAAAUUUGUUGGUGGUCUUAAACACUCUGUUUUCAGGACAGCCAAAAACAAGCUUUUUCCUUCUCACACUCUGCACGUUUCUAAGAAUCAUGGUAAAGGAGGAUUUUCAUCAAUUCAAGCAGCCAUUGAUUCUCUUCCCUUCAUCAAUAUUGUGAGAGUGGUCAUUAAGGUCCAUGCAGGGGUUUACACGGAAAAAGUUAACAUUCCUCCUUUGAAAUCCUUCAUAACCAUACAAGGAGCAGGUGCAGAUAAAACCAUAGUUCAAUGGGGUGACACUGCACAAACACCUGGAGGGCCAAAAGGCCAGGCACUAGGAACAUAUGGUUCUGCAACUUUUGCAGUGAACUCACAAUAUUUCAUUGCCAAGAACAUCACAUUCAAAAACACUACCCCAGUUCCAGCACCAGGAGCAGUUGGAAAACAAGCAGUGGCAUUGAGAAUUUCAGCAGACAAUGCAGGUUUCUUAGGCUGCAAAUUCUUGGGAGCACAGGACACACUCUAUGACCAAGUGGGUAGGCAUUACUAUAAGGAUUGCUACAUUGAAGGCUCUGUUGAUUUCAUUUUUGGAAAUGCUCUCUCUCUGUUUGAGGGGUGUCACGUGCAUGCGAUAGCACAGAAAGCAGGGGCCCUAACAGCUCAAGGAAGGAACAGUCUAUUAGAAGACACGGGUUUCUCGUUUGUUCACUGCAAGGUCACGGGCUCAGGGGCACUAUACCUUGGAAGGGCUUGGGGUCCCUUCUCUCGUGUUGUCUUUGCUUACACUUACAUGGACAAUAUCAUCAUUCCCAAAGGCUGGUAUAAUUGGGGUGAUCCCAACCGUGAAAUGACUGUAUUCUAUGGACAGUACAAGUGCUCUGGACCAGGAGCAAGCUUUGCCGGAAGAGUAUCAUGGUCGAGGGAGCUCACUGAUGAGGAAGCUAAACCAUUUAUUUCACUCAGCUACAUAGAUGGCUCUGAAUGGAUCAAUUCUUUCUUCUGAUUUGAGAUGAAAAAUUAGCUUGAGUGUCUCUACUGACAAAUUUUUUUAUGUAUAAAUAUAUAGAAUAGUUUGAUAGUGUCUUUCAGAUUUCUCAAUCUCUAUUUCUUGAUUUUCUAAUAAAAAUACAAACUUAGUGCUAUAAAACUCUCAGUAUACGCGAGGUUAAGAGAGGAAUUGGAUCUACUUUGUGGAUCUAAUGCAGGCAACAUUACCUUACAUUUAUUUAAGAGAUUGAUUUCACG